GUGCUAGUACGGCCAUGGCUAAGACUAAGAUUCCCAAGAGUGAGAUCUCAGACAAUAAUAAUACUAGUGAUGGAAAAAAGAGAAGCAAAGGUCGAAGAAGAAUUGAAAUCAAGAGAAUUGAAGAGAAGAACAAGCGCCACGUGACCUUCUCCAAGCGCAAAAAGGGUAUCUUCAACAAAGCCGCCGAGCUCAGCGUUUUGAGCGGUGCAGAGAUAGCGACGAUGGUCGUGUCGAGCAACGGCAAGGUGUUCUGCUUCGGCACACCCAACUACGACGCGGUCAUCAACUGCUACCUUGGCCACCACACUGCCUCCUUGGCUGCAGCAGGUCAACCAGAUCAUCGUGCUUUGCUGCAAGGUAAGACAAUGCGAAGUAGUAAUAAACAAGUUGAGAACUAUGUGGAAGCUACGAGGCACCUCGAGGCAGAGAAGAUAUCAAUCAAGGGUGAGGAGAAUAAUAAUAAUAUUAAUUUUGCUAAUAAUAAUAAUAAUAAUAAUAAUUAUAAUAGUGAUUAUGAGGGACGAGAAGGAGGUUGUGGUUAUGGGUGGUGGGAGAGGCCGAUCCCGAUGGGGAUGAUGAGUAGUUUGGAGGAGUUAGAAGAGUACAAGGCAGCCUUGUACAAGUUGAAACACAAUGUGGAGGUUCGAACCAAUCAGAUGAUUAGGGGAAGUGCUCCUUCUAAUUACUAUUCAUCGCUUUUGGUUAUGGGUGAUUAAUUAGGAGCAAGGGUUAUUGGUGAUGUAUAAUAAACUAGUAGUACUAUAUAUGUCAUUUUAUCUACCUUGAUUAUCUAUGACAUGAGGUUUGGGAU